UCACCCAGGCGCUGUUUUGGGCAGGACAUGGCCAGAGCAGCUGGCCCAGCAGGCUCUGCUCAGCACAGACCUGCACCCUCUGCCCCUUCCCAGGUGCUCCAGUGCUGCUGGAUGGGUGGUGGAGCUCUAUUGUUGCAAAUCCCAACUGUGCAUUUUUUCCAACCCAAUUUUCUCAGGAAUUGACCCAGUUCUAGCAUUUGAGAACUGGCAUUCACUCUACUGGCAAAUGUUUCUUAUUUGUUUCAAACAAUUUGUCCAGUGUGACCUUUUCUUUUUUAAAUAGCUUACACAACAGGAAUACAUGAAUGCUAAAUUCUAAUCUUGCAUAACUCUGACAGCAGGGCCAUACAUUUACCAGCAGUAAGGGACUUUUUCCCCAUGCUUUGCAGGAAGUAAGAAGGAAAUCCAGCAGUGCGCAAUUUCAGUGAAGGGACAAGUCACCCAUAAUCCUCUCACCCCCAGAAUUCACAGGGCUCUCAAGGUGACAGUGUUAGCACAAGACAUUUCUGCAUGUCUAUGCACACAGAGAAAUGCAGAGGACACCUGGCAGCUGGAAAGGAGCCUGAUCCUACCCCUGCAGCUCCAAAACAUUCCCACUGACAGCAACUGGGAAGUGACAGCACAUCCUUCAGCCUCUCAUCAAACAGCAAUACCCUAAGUCCUGGACAGGUGCUUGGAGGACACUUUUCUUCCUAACAAGAAGCAUUCCUUCAGCUCCUGAUGCCAUCUCUCAUGCUCUUUGUAUGCCUGAACUCUUUCCCAACAUGCCCAAACUCGGCCAUGGGAAGAGUCAGCCUGAGCCACAGCCCACUGCCUGUCAGGGCACGCAGGGCACAGCUCUGCUCCUCCCAAAACAUCCCCAUUGUCCCUCCCGGAGGGCACCCCCUGCACUCCCACCCCUGCAGCUCACAGGAGGCACCACGGCCUGGCUGACUCAUGUGAGACUGGCCAUGACCUUGAAUGCUCCUGGGCAGAUCAGCAGAGCCAUCAGAUGCUUUUCCAGCAAGGUGUAUUUGGCAAUGGAUGUCUCACCUGGGCUAAAGCAGGUGUGGGGGCAGCACCUGCUCCCUGCAGAGCCCUCCAGGGGCUGCAGGGAAGGGAAUGGAGACAGCCAUUGUACAAAGUCAGGGCUGAAUGCUGGCCACAGCAGAGGGCGAGGAGGGGAUGAUUCAGAUAAUUCACGGUAUUCCCUGCAGAGCCCCCGGAGCCAGGAGAGGCUGGGCUGGCUCCAGAGCCAGGGAGAUGGGAAUGCUCUGCGGUGGGUCACACUGGGGUGGUCCCGGGGAACCACAGGGGUCAGGGCAAUGUGAGGGUCUGCAGGGAGCCAGGGGCUGUGGCUGCCAUCUGCUGGGGACAGCUGCGUGUCACCGGCGCCAGCAGACAGCCCGCGCUGAUUCUGACAUUUGGUUUUCAUCUUCGUGAAUCACUUCAAUAUUUCAAACAUACCUUUGGCCCACUUGAGCACAUAAGAACAACAAUUAGCACCAGCACCUCAUAAAAGCCAGCAAUGCUCCCUUUGAUGCUUAGCAAAGCCUCUGACCGUGUGGCCAAAGCCAUCACAUUGCAAUGCAACAUCUGAUCCCUGGGGAGCUCAGAGAGGAGUCUUUAAAAACCACAGGACUUCUGCGAAAUGCAGAGCUUUGAGCCAUGGAGCUGCUGAGGAGCCCCACACUCCAGAGAUAGAUAGGCUCCCACGCACUUAGAGGUCAAGCCCCCGAGAGCCUCUGCAGGACUGCUCCUCUGCCCAGCGCCAGCCUGAGCCCUGAUGGCUCCCUGGAGGCUGCCCCUGCUCGUGGCUCUGCUGCGGGGCUGGCUGCUGGCCUCCUCCUCCUCCUCACCCAGCACAGUUGCUCCCCCACAAGACCUGCAGAUCACUGACCCUGGGCUCCUGGGCUCCCUGGAUGUGGAGUGGAAGCCUCCUCCCCACGCCCAGACCUUGCAGGAGUGCACAAUAAAAUACAAGCUUGAAUAUCACAGCACUGGGGAUAGAGACUGGAAGGUUAUUUUUACUAGGAAGCUAAAACUCAGAGUUGGAUUUGACCUCAGCAGGACUGCUGAAGUGAGGCUGCAGACACUGCUCAAAGGAAGGUGUACAGGUGACGUGGAGGUGCAGAGUGACUGGAUUUAUGCAACCUUUCAGAUCCCACCACAAGGAAAACUUGAAUCAGAGGUCCAGAAUUUCAAGUGCAUCUAUCAUGACUGGGAAUACCUGAAGUGCACCUGGCAGCCAGGUCUCCUCACACCUCGUGGUGCACACUAUGGGCUCUAUUAUUGGUACGAGGGGCUGGAGCAGACAAUGCAAUGUGCUCAGUACAUCCAGGAGCAUGGGCUGAACCUGGGCUGUGUGCUGCACAACCUGAGCCAGGCAGAGUACCGGGAUCUCCACAUCUGCGUCAAUGGCUCGGCAGCAGCCGCCCAGCUCCGGCCGCUGUACAGCACCCUGCGCCUGCACAACCUCGCCCAGCCCUCGGCCCCGGAGCAGCUGCAGCUCUCGCUGUCCGCAGCCCAGGAGCUGAGGGCCGCCUGGAGCCCGCCGGGCGGGCGGGUGCCGCCGCACUGCCUGGAGUACGAGGUGCAGGUGGCCGAAGACGCGGCAGCCUGGGCGUUUGUUUCGACCCAAAUGGAAACUGCUGUUACAAUUUCCAGAGCAAACCAAAGCCACGUUUCAUGUGUUCGUGUCAGGGGGAGAACAAACAUUUUCUGUGCAGACCAAGGCUUCUGGAGUGAAUGGACGCAGGACUGUUUCUCUGUGCCCAGAAAAGAGGACAAGCAGCUAUUUAUUCUCAUUCCAGUAAUCCUGAGUUUGACAAUUAGCCUCAUAAUAUUUAUGUUGAUUGGCCAGUGCAAGAAAAGAUCCCCAGCAGGAAAGCCAUUGCAGACAUCUGUGGGAUUCUAACUGCCUGUGCCUGCUGCACUGCUGGUGUUUGGUGGGCUGCUCAUGGAACCAUCCCAAGGACAGCCCAGGAGCCCUGAGCUUUCUGCAGCCCACGUGGGUCUUCCCUGCCUGCUGCCACUUGUGGAGGCAGCUGUUGCCAUCCCAGUCCUCAACAGGCCCAGGAAAACUGGAGGGGCUUAAAUGACUGCAGGAAAACUGGAAGAGAUCUGACCUGCCUCUGAAGCAAAGGUGUUUCUGAUACCAGGACAAGGGAGAAAAAGAGGCAGUGGAAACUGCCAUGAAUAAAGAUAACAUGUUCUUCUGUGGGCUUGUUUGGGUUUUUUCUUUUGUGAGGACUCCAGAAAUCUGUCAGCAGGACACACACACUGAAGGGCAGCACCUCAUACACAAUGCUACACAUGUGCAAACACCUGCCUCCAGCCCCUGUGCCCACCUUGCUCUCACCUGAUCUUCCCUUUUCCCACUCAGCCUGCUGAGAGCACCUAAAUGCUGAACAGGAGCUACCUCAGAUAUCCAUUUCAUCAGCUGAUAUGCCUUACCUGCUGAAAAGCUCAGGUGCAAAGGCCUUGAGAGAAACUUUUCCUCUGAAGAGGAAUGACCACAGCUACUGCAAAGGACAGAUGAUUCAGAGGAGAAGUGAGGGUCACUGCAGCAAAUGUGGCAUGGGAAUUUCUCUAGGAACUGGACAUUGGCACCAGAAUUCAAUGAAGCACCCCUGAUGUUUCUCAUGUAGUCAGGUGAUGAAAUUGCUGACUGAUUUUUUAGGAAUCAUUCUCUAUGAUGAUGAUGAUAGAAAAAAAAAAUUUAAAAAUCAUCUCUGGAUGAAAUACCCUUUUCCAAGCCCAUGCUAGGUUUUUUUUGCUUGAAGAACUGACCAAGGCAAACACAGGGGUUUAGUGUGGUUUCAUUUCAUCAGAACAACCCUGAAAAUGUAUUUUCUUGAAGGAAAUUUAUUCAAACUGGAAAUUUCUAAUGAACAGUGGAAGCCCAGAGAGAAAAUCAAGUUUGUGUCAAUCAGUUAUGUAAAGAGCCAUACUAAUCCAAUCAGAAACAAAACAACACAGCAAGUGUUGUUGGAUGCAAGCAGUUGGAUGUCUUACACAUCCAACUGCAAAAUUAUUCAAUCACUAUCAGCUGCUUCCACUGCUAAAUGGGAAACAGCCCAGUCAGAUUUGGGGAGCAACCUAAGGAGAAAAGAACCAGGAAAAAAAACAAGGUCAAUGCAUGAACUGAAGUAGAAAUGAAGUUUCAUGGUUGCUGUAAUUCUGCUGAGACACAAUCUGCCUCUGCUGCCUCCUGGGCAGCCACCACAGGACGGCUUUACUUUGAAAAACACCUGUGAGCAUGCACUGGGUGUGGAUUUUCAGAAUUGCCACCAGCCUCUGAUGUUCUGCCAGACUCUUAAACUGUUAAAAUAUCUACUAAAAACAUGUGAGUGCGUUGUGAAUGUCCCCAAGGGAAGAAGUAGGGCAGGCAGCCAAGCCCAGCCUGCUGUCCUGGGUACAUCUGGUGCAAUCUCACCUACUUUACCAGGUGGGAAUGCUGGGCAAGGCAUUUGGAUUGGGGCAAAUACUGCAGCAGCCCCAACCUGCUGGAUGGGUUUAAACUGGGCUAAAGGCUCUAGUCCAGUUUUACCCAAAACAAAGUAAGAAGGGAAGAAGAAUUAAAGUGCAUGGGUGCAAGUAAGAGAGAGCAAAGGCUGUUGUACCUCCACAGCUAGAACUCACCCCAAAAAAGAUCAGAGCUAUUUCAGUAACCACAGAAUAUAAAAGUUGGGCUGAAGCCUGCCUAGAAACCUGCCUAGUAACAGAGUGAUAAAUUAAGUACAUCUACUUAUGGUAUCUGUAUGCUGCAGUUUCACAAGAGCAUUUAGGUGAGGAAAGCUGGGCUUGGCCCCAAUGCAGGGCUCCCUGCUCCCCAGACUCAUCCCUGCAGAGGGUCCUCACUGCAGCAGCAGCAAAACACCUCCCUCCUGCUUUCUCACAGAGUCACAUCUGCAGCAUUUGCAAAAUCCAGCCCUGAUAGAUGGCACUCGCCUUCCUAACACCCUGAACCUCGCUAGAAUUUCAGCAGUGGUUUUUUAUCCUGUGUUUAUAGAAUUACACCAAAGUAUUUCUUUCACACAGUUGUCUCAUGAGAAUGUUUUAAUUCAUUUGCUGUAGUUCAUAAUUAAUAUUUUUAGUAAAGCACUUUCAAAAUCCCUCCUUUGGCAUGCUCUGCUCUUAUUGUUCCCAGCUCAUGUCUGGGUUCCACGUAUUUUUACCAACUAAGCUCCACAUGUUUGGUGAGACAUGUCUUUGUCUUUGCAUACCCAUGAGUUUAGAGUCUUCUUUCUGUCUUUGACUGAUAAAGUCUUAGAGCCAUUUGUCGAAGAAUAAACCAAACUUUUCCUACCCAGCUUUUUUCUCCCUAGAGAAUGUCAAUACUUGUCACACAUACAAAAGCACGAUCCUGUGCAUGCUGAAGGGAAAUGCAAAAUCCUUUUAGUCUGUCAUAUUCUAGCUGCUUUUGGGAAGUAACAAAACAAGGAAGAGGAACACCAAGGUCUUUGAAUUCAUAACUCACCCUUCUUCUCUCACUGAGGUGCAUUUUCAAGCUGCCAGAAAGAGAAUAAUUUGAAAAUCUGCUUACAUUCUGUUUCCUCAUAUCCAUCCUCAUAUUUUUUAAUUUUUCUGAGUGGCCUCUCAGUACAAGUGUUUCAACCACUCUAACUUGACACAAAGCAAGGCUGACAUAGGAACAUAGGAAUUGAUACCUGACCAUGAGGAACUUUAAUGUGAAGGAGACAGAGCAUGGGAACAGGCUGCCCAGAGAGGUUGUGGAGUCUCCUCUGGAGGUAUUAAAAAGCUGUCUGGACACAAUCCUGACUAAAGAGCACUUGGGGACCCUGCUUGAGAGGGGUUUGAACAAGAUGAGCUCCAGUGUUCCCUCCCAGACUUGCCCAUUCUGUGAUCUCUCAGAACUCUUUACUCCUCCUGCACUUGAGGAAUGAAAAGGUGGGUGUUGGAUCUCACCGGCUGAGGCAUCUCUGCUGAAAUUUUCUAUCUUGUACAGGUGCUAGAAAUCCCAUGGCCACUGGGUGUCAGCCUCUGUGCUUGGAUGCAGAGGACAUGGAAAGCAGGUGCAGCAUCGUGCUGCCAGAAUUUGGUGUUUAGUGCACGAAAAUGAAACAGAAGGGAUAACGUCUCUGUCACCAUAAGGAACAGGAGUCUUGUUCUUUCUGUCCUGAGAAGCAGAGAAGUGUCACAGCUUUGCUCCAUCAUUCAGCUCUGGUGUGACCGAGGGGUAACCUCACCUUGUGCCUCAUGCCCACAGCCCAGUGCUGCUCGUCUGACCAGAUCUGGGUCCCCAGGGCCUGUGCCAGCCAAAACCAGCCCCUGCCACUGCCCUCCCCCAUGCUCAGGCCACUGAGCACCCACAGAAAGGUCUCAUCAGCCCAAACUGGUCUGACUGUGCCCUGCUGUGCGUCCCUGCCUCACUGGCAGCAGCUGCUGCACCCCUGAGCCCCCAUGGAGCUCAGCAGCCACCCCUGAGGCACUGCAGGCACCUUGGAAGGACAACACAGCCCUUCAGCUGCAGUUCUCCAUGCCAAGGCCUUGGGACUGCAGCAGCUAAUGAUUUCAUCUGAAAUCUAAAGAGCUUCACAGACCAUGGCAGGUUUGCAGCUCACUGCCUCGUGUGGCAUUUGUACAUUUGAGAACAUUGUCACCCUCUUUAUUUCUAUGUAGAAGCUAAAUUUUCUCAGGAGGGUCUCUGGUUUUCACAGCUUCAAGGCAAGCAAAUACAGCUGAUGCAUGUGCUUGACAGAACAAUUUGAGGCAACAUAUUGUGGCUGAGCUGUCUGAACAGCUGAAAUGGCUCUGCAAACUGUCUGUGUCAAGAUACCCUUCCCAGAGCACAGAGAGAUAAAACAACCAGCUGAAAAAUGACACACCACAAGGCUUAUCCCCAAAUUGAGGAUUCACGUCCCUGCUGCCAUCCUGGGCUGCUUGCCUCCUGUGUGGAUCUGCAUCCAGACACAACACAGGACUGCUACAUCCAGGAAAUAAAAUGCCAUUUCAGCAAGUCCCACUCCAUCAGACAAAUUACAAAAUAAAAAAAAGGAAAUAAUUAAAAAAUUUCAAACGUGGCUUUAAUAUUUCCUUUCUUGAUGGGUCUGCCCAGGAAACAAUCUCAGUGAUUGAGUGGGGUCUCAGCCCAGGGAGGGCUGAGUGUGGGUGCUUCCUUAGGCUGGGAGGAGGGAUGAGCACGGUGGCAGUGCUGCUGUGGUCCCCAGUGGUGCCUGCACUCCUCUGGGACAGCAAGGACAGCCUGCACAGCACCUCUGACUUCUCUGAGAUGUCAAAUGAGGUUGCACUGCCUUGCCUUUGAUGGAAGGUGUGAAAGGUUCCUGCAGCUGCAGUGAGGGGGUUCGCGCCAUGGCCACCAGCGAUCAUUCACAAAGGAUGGGUUUUGUUUCCUUGCCUGGGAAGCUGUGAAUGGAGGUGACAAAGGCUUGUGACACCUUUUGUGUGCUCGGAAGUCUCACCUCACCCAAGCACCAGCGACUUGCAGGAGUUAUUUUCAUUUGGGAAAAAGAAGUACUUAAUAUCAGGGGGUUUUUGCAAACCAAAGGACACGUUCCUUUGAUGUUACCUAGAUAUCACUGAGAAUUAAAAACAAACGAAGAGUGGCAGAACACUCUUCACUGGAAUUGAUGCAGUAACAUGCACAGCAAACAGACACACAGAGCCUGAUAUCCCUAGGGGUUAGAGCCUCCCUCCAAGGCUGCUCUUGGCCAUGUCACCCACCCCAAGCACCCUCUCUGCAUGGCCAUGGCUCGCUGGUGACAGCAAGCAGAUGCCAACAGCGUGUUAAACCACUCAGAGCAACAGCUGCCCUGCAGGAGACACAAACUGCAGCAGCACACACAGAUGUGAAGCUGCUCUAAAUGUUAACAAAUGCAACCAGGCAGUGGUACCCAAACAUCCUUUGUACCCCCACAGGGUCUGACUGCAGAGCCUGGGCUGCCCAGGGACUCUGGGAGAGUCUCGGUGCCACCAAGAGGUCCCACCUGAUGCAUGAAGCCCAGAAGAGAACAGUCCUUGCCUUUUAUCUGAUGAUGUUCCAGCUCUUACCUGUUGAAAUGGAAAUACGUCCCAACCUUUCGGACUCUCAAAUUGAUCUUGGCUGGUAGCUGCCCAGAACUUUGUGCCCAUGAUGCCAAUUUGUUUAGAAACACUCAUGCUGAGAAAACAAUAACCUUGUUUCCUGCCAGGUUCAAAGUUCACUUUUAACAACAGAGAGCUUUAAAGGCCAACAACACAAUUUACUUCACUGAAGAAAAACCAUGGAAUUCCUGGCUACAGCAACAAAGAAAAGUGUUUUUAAAAAGCCAGGCAGUGCAGGCACAAAACAGGCUCAGCCCUGAGAGUUUCUCAGCAGUGUUUGCUCAACCACAGCAGCUGAAGGCAGCCCAAAAGGACAUUACUUCAAUGCUGUUGCUCUCCUAAGCAGACUCCAGCAGCACCGGAUGUCCAUGGAAAUGCUGUUGUAUAAACCAAACCACACUUCUGUGACUGCAUGCAGCCAGGCUUGGGCUAGCCAAGCUGGUUGAUUCUGGAUGCUUCUGAGAAGGCAAAUGAAAUAUUGCUUCAUAGAACUUGGGGCUGGCCCAUGGCUGGGAACAUUCAGCCUCUGCCAUGCCUUGACUUCAUGCUGUCCUUGACUUCAUGUGUGUGGGAGUUGCACUGACUUGGCACGGCCUCUCCUGCCUUCCACCAAAAUUGGAGCAUUUUUCAUGGCUUUGCUAGGACUUGGAAGGGCCAUAGCCCAAAAAUAGUGUUCUCCCUUUGGGAUGUUUGUUCCUCCCACACUCUGGGAGGUGUUUCUGGGGCAGUGCUGCUACGCAGAUGGCUGGCUUGGUGCCUGAGCUCUGCCAAACCAGAGGAUGAGGAAAAUGGGCUGGCCUGGGCCCUCCUGCUGUGCCUGUGGGAUAAAUCCCUGUGUGAAUACAAGAGCUGAGCCCUCAACAAGCAUUUCAGUUCCUGUUACUGUGCCUUACCAGGAAAUGCAGUCCCAAUGGGAAUAUGACACUUGUUGGAAGCCUGCUUCUAAUUCCUACUUUAUUUCCACCCUUUCCAUAUACCAAUGCCCUCCUCUAGCCUAAAUAGCUCCUCUCUCUCCUCUUAUCUACUGAUGGAGAGCUUUUUUUCACCCAUCUUUGGCUGCUAGGAGGAAAAAGCCAAGGUUUCUGCUCUCCUCUCAUAAGAAGCCCUGCCUGGCCUUGUGUCCCCACACUGGGCCUACCACCAGGGCUGCGGCUCAGGCCCAACACACAGUCCCACCUAUUCUCUAAACAAACAUGACAACUGCCUACAGACCAACAGGGAACCACGUUCAUUUACCCUCAAGGGGUAAAGGAAAUCAACAACUCCUGUCCCUGGUGUGCUGCACAGUCAGAGCUCAUCCCUGCACUUUGCUGAAGGCCAGCAUGGCACAGCCUGGGCAGGAUCAGGGCAGCUUUCUCCACAGAACACCCAGAGAAGGUACAAGAGAGAGCAAAUGCUCACUUGAGGGUUGUCCCACCCGUGCUCCAGCCUUGUGGCUGUGAUGCCUCAGGGUUGAGUUUUAUAUUUUUCAGAUUCUGUACUGUUUUAGUGUGUGGGUCUGGGCUUCAUAUGAGGG